AUGCCUUUCACUGCCUCGGAUAUCUGCAAGAUCAUCUUUGCGAUCAUCUUGCCCCCGCUGGGUGUCUUCCUUGAGCGAGGAUGCGGUGCUGAUUUCCUGAUCAACAUCUGUUUGACAAUCCUGGGUUGGCUUCCUGGUGUCAUUCAUGCCUUCUAUAUUAUAUUCAAAUACUAG